UUCACAAUGGCUGCGUUCAGCAGACGAAACAGUUUACUUAUUUUCUGCUGAACGACAACUUUUCUCAACGUUGCGUGAAACAGUUGUGGGAUCAGUCGCCAUUUUUUGGAGCGUAUUUAAUUUUUGCUACCUUUCAAGUAAACAUGUUGAGUAUUAGGUUUUUGAGGUUAAGAUCAACUUACAUAGAUUAAAGACGAGGGCACAGAAAAAUAAAAAGAAAACAUGGAAGUUCUAGAAUUAUUUGACCCAGAUCUCGAUCAAACUUUCAAAAUUCAGGUGACUGCUAAAGAAAAGCAUCUAGUACUGAAUGGAGAUUAUGUGUUAGCAAAUACAUUAUUAAGAAAAGCCCAAGAGGCAUGUAAUAUCGAAGUAGCGUUUCAGCUUGAGAAUGAGGAUGAUAUAGAUGAUUCUAAUGUUACUUUUAGUCAAGAAGGCUCUGCAGAAGGUUCACUCGAAGGUGAAGUAGAAGUGGAAACCAAUUUAGAGCCUGAACAUUUUGAGUGGACAAAGCAAACAACCAAAUUAGUGCUUCAGCUCUACAUGGAACGAAAACUCCAGUUUCGAGACCCUAAAAUUAAAAAAAAAAGUAUUUGGAGAGAUUUGAAAAACAAAUUUUUGGAGAAAGGGUACAAAGGUGUGAAUGAAGAUAUUUUAGAUAGGAAGAUGAGAAAUAUGAAAAAAAGGUACAGGACCAUAAAAGAUAACCAACAAAAAACGGGUGCUAGUCGGAUUAGUUGGGAUUAUUUUGAAAUGAUGGAAGAAAUAUUUUUGGACGAUAAAACAGUUAAUUUUGGAGAAACGUUGGCAUCUUCACCUGUUUUACUACCUUCUCAACAGGCUCUAUUUAAUAAUACAUUUUGUGUGUCUUCUCAACAGGCACAAUGUAGUACUCGAAGUAGUAUCAGUAAUACAUCUUGCGUACAGCAAGAAAACUUAAAUUCUCAUAAUCAUAAUCUCUUGCCAAGAGAAGUCACUCCAGGUACAUCAUCGAUGUCUAGAUGUGUAACUCAAACACCAAAAACAAAAAAAGCCCUCAAAAGUCGAGAAGUGUAUUCCAUGCGACAAAAAUUGAAAACUUUAGAUGAAACAAAGGUGGAAGAAUUAAAAAAGUUGCGAGAAAGUGUGGAGGAAAAUAAUCGCAUACAAAAAGAAAGAAAUGAGAUAUUAAUGAAAUUAGUUAACAAAUAGGUUUGUUUUGGUUAAUAAAAAUAUCUCCAUGAACUGUAAAACAGGAAAAACUUUAUUUUCAACUGUAAAAAAAUGGUAUUCUUCAUAAAUUAUCACUUGUCUCGAAAAAUAUUCAAAC